GGUGAGGCGGGAGGGACGAGGCGUUCCGGAAAAGGAAGCGCAGGGCGCGAGGGGCGGGGAAGGCCGGAAGGGAUAAAAGCGCAGCUGCCCGUCCCGGGAGGCUCACGGCCUCGGAAUCGCACCGGGUCCUCUCCCUCUAGCUUCAGCCUCUUGCCUGCGCCCAACUCCCCGCGUCCCGCGUCCUAGCCGACCAUGGCCGGGCCCCUGCGCGCCCCGCUGCUCCUGCUGGCCAUCCUGGCCGUGGCCCUGGCCGUGAGCCCCGCGGCCGGCGCCAGUCCCGGGAAGCCGCCGCGCCUGGUGGGCGGGCCCAUGGACGCCAGCGUGGAGGAGGAGGGUGUGCGUCGUGCACUGGACUUUGCCGUCAGCGAGUACAACAGAGCCAGCAACGACAUGUACCACAGCCGCGCGCUGCAGGUGGUGCGCGCCCGCAAGCAGAUCGUAGCUGGGGUGAACUACUUCUUGGAUGUGGAAUUGGGCCGAACCACAUGUACCAAGACCCAGCCCAACUUGGACAACUGCCCCCUCCAUGACCAGCCACAUCUGAAAAGGAAAGCAUUCUGCUCUUUCCAGAUCUACGCUGUGCCUUGGCAGGGCACAAUGACCUUGUCGAAAUCCACCUGUCAGGAUGCCUAGGGGUCUGUACCGGGCUGGCCUGUGCCUAUCCCCUCUUAUGCACACCUCCCACCCUCUGUAUUCCCACCCCUGGACUAGUGGCCCCUGCCCUGGGGAAGGUCUCCCCAUAUGCCUGCACCAGGAGACAGACAGAGAAGGCAACAGGUGGCCUUUGUUGCUCAGCAAGGGGCUCUGCCCUCCCUCCUUCCUCCUUGCUUCUCAUAGCCUGAGUGUGCGGUGCAUACACCCCCACCUCCUGCAAUAAAACAGUAGCAUCGGC